AUGGAAAUAGACAGUAACAUAUCGAAUGUUUAUACAACUUCAACAAAUGAACAGAAUGAAAAAUUGGUUCCAAAAUUUUGGGUCGACAAAUAUAAGAAGGAAGCUUCAAAGAAUUGGAAUACUACUAAAUUUUUUAAAAAUCGUAAUUGGAUCGGACGUGAAUUUUCAGAACUUUCAUUUGAGAAUGAUCUCAAGCAAGAAAAAAAA